GCCAUGUACUGACGCAAACCCGAUCUUUUCCACGGAGAUAUAGAAAGCUUUGCACUUUGCACAGCCAAACUCAGUCUGCCUGCAGUCUUUCCAGCUGUUUUCUGCUAUUAACCCACAUUUGUUGACUCUGCACAAAUGGAUUUUUCUGAGCACGGGGAAAUGUUGAGACAACCGUCAAACAGUAUUCCGCCCCAGCCGUCUGGGGGAGCGGUUGGAGCUACAACUACAAACAAACCGCAGAACGGGAACCCGGUGCCCCAACCGCCUCCUGUAAACGAACGGAAAACUUUUUGUCCUUCGGAAAAUAAACCGUGCGAAAUGGAAGCCAAUAAAGCAUACGGGACGUUUAAAAACGCCGCACCUGGACCCACGUUUUCUCCCGUUAAUUCUGCCGCUCGCAAGGAUUCCGUCGGUAAAAUGGAUGGUUCGACCGGUAAAGCCACGUCGGACUUCACGUCUAACAACCAAAGUGCUGUAAGGACCGCGGCGGAGCAUAACAACACCAGCGGUGACUGGACCUCCAUGAGCCAGACCACCAUCAUCCUGGGUACAGAUGGCAACACAUCUGUUCUGCCUGGCACGGUGACCGGGGAUGAUGAUGAUGAUGGAGGAGAUGAGAAUAAGGCCCGGGGGAACUGGUCCAACAAACUGGAUUUUAUCCUGUCCAUGGUGGGAUAUGCCGUGGGUUUGGGAAACGUGUGGAGAUUCCCAUAUCUUGCUUUCCAGAAUGGUGGAGGUGCAUUUUUGAUACCUUACCUAAUCAUGUUAGGCCUCGCCGGAGUACCCAUAUUUUUGUUGGAGGUGUCUUUGGGUCAGUUCGCCAGCCAAGGCCCGGUGUCAGUAUGGAAAGCAAUCCCAGCUUUACAAGGUUGCGGGAUUGCCAUGUUGAUAAUAUCUGUCUUGAUAGCCAUAUACUAUAAUAUUAUUAUGUGCUGGACAUUGUACUACCUGUUCGCUUCGUUGAAGGGGACACUGCCAUGGGCCACCUGUAAAAAUGAAUGGAACACCGUCGAAUGCAAAGACAAAGACAUGCUGCUUUUGGACUCCUGUAUACUAAGGGACAGAAACAUCACAUCAAUCAAGAACACUACAUUCUGUUUAUCUGCAAAUGCUGUCGGGAAUUUAAGUAAAUUCUUAAAUGUCACAGCGGACAAUAAAACCUAUGUCAGCCCUAGUGAGGAAUAUUUCAAGUAUAAUGUGUUGCAUAUUUCGAAGGGUAUUGAAUACCCAGGUGACAUCCGCUGGGCCCUGGCUGCUUGUCUUUUUCUGGCCUGGCUUAUUGUUUAUGCCUCUUUGGCUAAAGGGAUCAAGUCCUCAGGGAAGGUGGUGUAUUUCACUGCUACAUUCCCCUAUGUGGUGUUGGUCAUCCUGUUGAUCCGAGGGGUCACUCUACCCGGAGCCGGUUCUGGGAUCCUUUACUUCAUAACACCCAAAUGGGAAAAACUCAAUGAUGCCAAGGUGUGGAAGGAUGCUGCUACACAGAUAUUCUUCUCUCUGUCUGCAGCAUGGGGUGGUCUUAUAACUCUGUCGUCCUACAAUAAGUUCCAUAACAACUGUUACAGGGAUACUCUCAUUGUGACGUGUACUAACAGUGCCACAAGUAUUUUUGCUGGUUUUGUCAUUUUUUCAGUUAUUGGCUUCAUGGCUCAUGAGCUCAAAGUCCCGAUUGAGAGUGUGGCAGAUGAAGGUCCAGGGAUUGCAUUUGUGGUCUACCCAGAGGCUCUGACUAGGUUGCCCUUGUCACCAUUCUGGGCCAUCAUCUUCUUCCUCAUGCUGCUUACACUUGGUCUGGAUACCAUGUUUGCCACCAUAGAAACUAUAGUGACAUCGGUUUCUGACGAGUUCCCCAAGUACCUGCGCAAACACAAGCCUCUGUUCACUUUGGUUUGCUGUUUGUCCUUUUUUGUGCUGGGUUUCCCCAUGAUCACUGAGAGUGGAAUGUACAUGCUUCAGCUGGUGGACACAUUUGCAGCCUCUUACUCUCUGGUCAUCAUUGCCAUAUUUGAACUGAUUGGAAUCUCAUACAUUUAUGGUCUACAGAGGUUCUGUGAGGACAUUGAGAUGAUGAUUGGUUUUCAGCCAAACAAGUUUUGGAGAAUCUGCUGGGCCUUUGUCACACCAACCAUUCUCACAUUUAUUUUGGCACUCAGUCUGUACCAGUGGAAGGUGAUGACAUAUGAGGAUUACACUUAUCCGACCUGGUCUAUGGUUCUCGGCUGGCUUAUGGUCAUCUGUUCUGUCAUAUGGAUUCCCAUCAUGUUUGUUAUUAAGAUGCACCUUGCCCCUGGUUCAUUAAUUGAGCGUUUGAAGUUGGUGUGCUCUCCUCAGCCUGACUGGGGUCCAUUCCUGAUGAAACACCGUGGGGAACGUUACAAGAACAUGAUUGACCCUCUGGGCACCAACUCUCUUGGCCUCAAACUUCCCCCCAAAGAUUUCCAGCUAUCAGCCCAAUAUCAAUAAUCCUCCUCAAUUCCCAGAGGCCUCUGAGGGUGAGACCAGCACUCACGUCAAACUCUUUCUCCUUUCAGCCUCCCCUUUUUUCCAUAAUGUUCUCUUUCAGCCAUAUUCCCCCUCUUCUGGCACUUUUAGAGGGGUCUUUCAGGUGGAAAGCACAGACAACUCCCUAUGAUUUUGUUGUUUUCUGAAUAAUUAUUCAUAGUCAGUCUGAGAGUGGAGGACUUUCGUUCACAUUCUGAUACACCGAUCCCUGAACCUUUUUCUCAGAGGCAAUAUAGUGAUGCAGUUGCAACUGUUGAGGCAAUAUUUGACUGAUUGUUCAUCAUGCAGUGGUUGUUUUUAAUCAUGUUUUCAUUCUGAAUUGAAUGCUGAUGUUAAAAAGAAAAGAAAUUAGAAGAAUAACAUUUAUAUUUCUUGUCUAUUUGCUUGUCAUCUCUUAAAUGUAGCAGACAUAAUGAGAUAAACUGCUGAGUAGUGCACAGUGAACUAAAACGUUUUUCUGGUAUCGUACUAUCGCUCUCCACUUGUGUCCACUCAUAGCCGUAUGUUGUGCCUCAAACUUCCUCUAUUUAUAAAAUACUGCUUAGUAUUGUGCUAAUUAAACCAAUCGUACUACAUUAUGGAGGGAAGUGAGCACAUUUCAGUCUCUGUGAAUUAUAAGCUCUCCUACUCUUUUACUAACCUGUCAGAAAUAUCUCUACAUUGUAAUAGAAGCCAAACUCAUAGUGUAGGCUCCCAGUAGUAUAGAUCCAUCCAGUAGUAUAGAUCCAAGUCUUCAAAGAAAACUUAGCCAUGCAAAACUGUGAUAAUACCUUUCAGUGUUGUUUAGAGUAGUACUCAACGGCCAACUAGCAGUUAUAUAUGUAUACUAAUAUUUAGAGUAUGCUUUCGAGUUUGUGUCGUGAUCUGUUUAUAGACUUUGUGAAUCCUCCUAUUCUUAUGCAGUACGCAGUUAUAGUGGAGUACACAAAAGAAAAGUAGAGGAAAAACAAGGAGUGUGGUAUGUGUGGCAAAUCAGAAGUCUCAUAAAAAGUGCAUAUUUUAGAAACUUAUUUUCACCAACUGCUUGCAGAGGAUAUGUAGAUUAAAAACAACAACAACAACAACAACAAAAACAAAACAAAUGUUUUUCCAUUUGAAAUCCUGUGCUUGGGGACCACACUCCUUUUUUUUAAUGUUUUGCACCUGUUUGUCUGUUCAUCUUCAUGAAACAGGGUCUCAGGUAUUACUCCAUUCCAUCAACCUUAUUAGAUGUUCGAUGCUUGUGGAAACUUGAUGUGAUUCGCAUAUAACUAGGGCUGCACGAAAAAUCAUAUUUUAAUUGAGGUUGCGAUUUCUGCUUCUCUCGAUUUAAGCUUUAUCGCCUGUGAUAUUUCCCCCGCUGGUUAUUAUCCUGAAAACCUUUCAAUUUAAUUUAGCAUUUGCAUUAUCUUGCAUUAGUUUAAAUGCUCCAGUCAGAGUAUUUUUUCAUAAAUCAGUACAUAGUUUACUUAAUCUUUCCAACCAUGUGUACAUGCGCUCUCUACAUUACGGAAAAAAGUACAGAUGAGCUGAAAACACUGAACAUUUAGGUUGGAGUUUAGAGAUCUCUACUGAGAUAAUCUGCUCAAAUAAACGUGCAAUACAACCAGUCUGGUUUCCUUCAAGCAGCCGAAAGUGUGAGUUGACUUUCUCUUGAUAUGUGUUUAUGUGAAAGUGUAAUUUUCUGGUGAAAUGAAAAUGUUUAUAUUUUGAGCAAAGAAACCAUUAUCGUGCAGCCCUACAUUUAACCAAUUCUCUAUAAGAUUUGUUAAAAUGCACACUUUCAGAAUAUUAUGCCAUAAUGACAAUUUGAAUCCUUAUAUAUCGUAUAAUUAGUGUUCCAUUUCUAGCUACUGGACUGUAAAUAUGGUUACAGAUGAAAUGCUUUCGGAGUAUUGCUUUAGGCAGUUAUUAUUAUUAUUAUUAUUUCUGGUUAAUUGUGCUGAUCAGUCAAAGCACUACAAAAAGCACUUUGAUUAAACAUUACAUAAAAAAUAAUUGGUUGUUCACCACCACAAUGAAAAAAAGCCAUAAUAAUAAUAAUAAUAAUAAUAAUAAUAAUAAAACUACUUUUUUUGUUAGUUCAACAUGAAUACUUAAAUGAUUAGUACUAUGAAAAUGAUUUAUUAUGUGAAAAGAGCCACACUACCCACGCAAUGCAAGUAAUAACACUGAGACUUUGCCUGGGAGUAAUGUGUUUCAAAAGCCAUGUAAUAUGCAGAUAUUACACUAAUCACCUUGAAUAUAAAGCAUUUAUAAAACAGAAAAAGAAAAAAGUUAUUUCUUAGUAUAUUAGUGUCACAAAAGAGAUGUUUUUUUCUGAUACAUGUUUAAUCUAUGUAGUAUAUGUGUGUAUGUGUGUGAAUGUGUGGAAUAACAUGCAGCACUUAAUGUUUAGAUUUAUACUUAUCCAACCAUCCAGACAUGGUCAAAUGCAGCCUGGCAGUUUUAGGUUUUCAUAGGGCUUGGUUCCUAUACAUUGCAAUUGCAUCGUUUCAUCUGUAUACACAAGAGCUGAUUUGUACUCAAAUAGAAGCUCUGGGUUACGUAGCACAACAAAUAGUAUACAAAGCACACGAAUAGUAGACGGCUGCUGCGAUCGUUGUAAUAUUUGAGGUUCUGGAUGGAGAUUCUGUUAGUUCUUGUGUUGCUGUACAUCUGUCCGAGGGCCAUUGUUACAAGCCCUUCACUUAACAAAAAUUCUGUGGGAAAAAAAAAAAAAAAUAGGUAACAGUCUUGCAUGUGCUGUUUGUGUUGCUGUGGAUUAUUUGUCCAUGUAUGCUUCCCUUUCACGCUCCUUUUUCCAGAAUGUGUCCCUCACUUAGCAGCUGCAGCUGAGUUUACCACCUCUCCCUACCUACAGGGCAGCACUGGGCAGUAGGCAACCAAAGAAGGAGAACUUCUCAAAGGGUUCUAAAAAAAAAAGCUUAAAAAAGAACAUAUAUUCUAAAAGAAAAGACACAUAUAUAUACACAAAUAGCCUAUAUGAAGAAAUUAAAUAUAUUAUUCUGUGUAUUUAGGAGACUGAGAUACUGCCACUCAUCCUUCAUUAAGUGGUCAUUAUUGAUGUGUGUCAAUAUGUUAUAUGACAUCUUCAGGUAACCUUUGGCCUUAUAGAUGUCCUUUGGUAGUAAACUAUUAUGUGUAUUUCAGAAUAAUGAUACAGAGUAGCUUCUAUCAGUCAUUAUGUGGUCAGUCUAUAUUGUAAUGUAUGUCGUGUCAUUUGGCACUUUACUGUGGACCUAUCGGAGCAUAGGUAAAAUUUCUUAUUACUUGGGUAAUGUCAUAUAUUUCUGUGUGUUUUACAUGAGGGAAAUCUGCCUAUGGAUACAGAUAUGUACCUCCAAUGGAUCAUGGCAUCAUUUGAGUUGAAUUGUAGAGUAUAAAUAUGAAAAAUAUCUAGAUUUUAAAUCCUGUGCCGGGAAAAAAAGCAAAAUGUAUAAAAAGAGGAAAAUAAACCUAUGUAAAGGCAUAAUUUAUUUUAAAUGUCAUUAAUCCUUGAGGCCCUACCUCAGAUUUUGUAUUUAUGUAUAGAAAUGCAAUUUGAAUCAUAGUAUCUUUGCCAAUAAUACAAUAAAAGACCAUAUUUAUCAUAAAAUGUAUAACCACUUAAUCAAUAAAUAAAUGUUAAUGUUUUCAACUCCA